AUGAGGACUGGGCCGCGGUGCUGGGUGGGCGGGGCAGGGUCCGUGCCAGGCACUCCGGGUAUAAACAGCCGCCACGUAUGGAGCCGGCACAACCUCCCUCGGACCCCUGGACCCGCCGGCAGCUGGGAGCCCAAAGCCCCGGAGAUGAAGGCCCUGCUCCUGCUCCUGCCCAUCGCCCUCAGCCUGCUCACCGCCCUGCGGGCCCAGGAACCCCCAUCCUGCCCUCUGGAGCCCCAGCAGAUCGCAGGGACGUGGUAUGUGAAGGCCGUGGUGAUCGACAAGAACAUGCCUAAGGAGCCGAGGCCCAGGAAGUCAUCCCCUGUGACCUUGACGGCCCUGGGCGGCGGGGACCUGGAAAUCAGGUUCACCUUAAUGAAGGAGGACCAGUGCCAUGAGAAGAUAACAAGGAUGCAGCCGACCGGGGAGCCUGGCAAAUACAGCGCCAAUGGAGGCAAGAAGCAGAUACACAUCCUGGAACUGCCCGUUGAGGGCCACUACAUCCUUUUCUGCCAAGGCCAGCUCCGGGGGAAAUCAGUCCAAGUGGGGAAGCUCAUAGGUAGAAAUCCUGACGUGAGCCCAGCGGCCCUGGAGGCCUUUAAGAAAUUCGCACAGCGCAAGGGCUUGUCCCCGGAGGACAUCUUCACACCUGAGCAGAUGGAAAGCUGCGAGCCUGCAAGUGACUAGGGUGAGUGG